AUGACCAGCAGGUAUAUCCUCCAAACUGCUCUCCUGGUAUAUUUCUCCACCACGGUUCUUGCCAUGAACUAUAACUUACUUCGAUUCCAACUAAGCAGCAGCAGUGUGGAGUGCCAGGAGCUCCUUCUACAGCUGAAUGGAACUUCUAAAGAUUGCCUCAAGGACAGGAUGAACUUCAAGAUCCCUGAGGAGAUCCAGAAAUCCCAGAAGUUCCAGAAGGAGGACAUCGUAUUGGUCACCCUUGAGAUGUUCCAGAAGACCUCUGAUAUUUUCAGGAGAAAUCUCUCAAGCAUGGGAUGGAAUGAGAGCAUUGUCGAGAACCUCCUUGCCACACUCCACUGGCAGAAGGAACAUCUGGAGGAAAUCCUGGAGGACAUCAUGCAGGAGGAAAACUUCACUUGGGACCACAGGACCCUUCUGCACCUGAAGAGAUAUUAUCUAAGGAUCGUGCGGUACCUGAAAGCCAAGGAGUUCAGCGUCUGUGCCUGGACAAUAGUGCAAGCAGAAAUCCUCAAGAGCUUUUUCUUCCUUGAUAAACUUAUAGAUUCUCUCCCUAACUGA